AUGGCGGAACAUUUGGAGGUGCAUGGUUUUCUGGGGAUGCUUGGAAGCGUUGAUUGUAUUCAUUGGCCAUGGAGAAACUACCCCACUGCAUGGCAAGGCCAAUACAAUCGUGGUGCAAAGGAAACCCCACGAUUAUGCUUGAAGCACUUGCUUCAUAUGAUUUGUGGAUUUGAAACGCUUACUUUGGACCCGCCGGUUCGAACAACGACAUCAACAUACUCAAUGAAUCUGACUCAUUCGACCAGCUCUUUGAAGAUAGAGCUCCUAUGGUCAACUUUACCACUAAUGGCCAGCAGUUUACAAAGGACCACAAAGUUCAAGUGCUAUCAAGAUGCUGUAAGGAAAGACGUAGAGCGUGCAUUCGAGGUACUUCAAGGUCGUUUUCAAAUCCUCACUCAUGGAGCGUGUCCUAUGAGCAUCAACAAAAUUAAACGUAUGAUGUACUAUUGUGUAAUUUUGCACAACAUGGUCGUUGAUCAUAACGGUCGUGCAAUUAGUCCUCUAGAUUUGGAAUUAAUUCCAGAGGAGAGGCCAGCUCGUACUUGGGAGCAACGAGUUGGAACACAGUUACGUAUGAUGGGGGAGUUACGUGAUCGAGUGACGCACAACCGUCUUCAAGUUGCUCUAGUCGAACACAUUUGGAACUUGCCACAAAACAAUCGCCAACGUUGA